GGAGUAUAUAGAGGAACACAGAGGUCUGUACAAGGACGUGAUGAUGGAGAAUCACCGGCCCCUCACAUCACUGGAUGGGCCCAGUAACAGAGAUACCCCAGAGAGAUGUCCCCGUCCUCUGUAUUCCCAGGACUGUCCAGAGGAGAAUCACAGGAUCCCACAGGAGGAUCAAAGUGAAGAAUUAACUGAUGUAAAAACAGAAGAUAUAAAGAAAGCCGAGAAGAUGCUUGUGUCUUAUAAUAAGGCAGAAAAUAUAGAGGGAGAAGAAGAGACGUAUGUGACUGAUAUAAGGGCAGAAAAUAUAGAAGGAGAAGAAGAGACGUAUGUGACUAUUAUAAAGACAGAAGAUAUAGAGGGAGAAGAAGAGACGUAUGUGACUGAUAUAAAGGCAGAAGAUAUAGAGGGAGAAGAAGAGACGUAUGUGACUGAUAUAAAGGCAGAAGAUAUAGAGGGAGAAGAAGAGACGUAUGUGACUGUUAUAAAGACAGAAGAUAUAGAGGGAGAAGAAGAGACGUAUGUGAGGGGUGAUCAGCAAUGUAAGGAGGAGGAAAUCCCUACAGAUAUCAGCACAGAUGGAUGCUAUACAUGGAAUACCUCGGAGGAACAUCUCGUUUGGUCUCCAGAUUUUAAAUUAGAAGAUAAGAACAUGACAAAAGGGUCUCCAGAAGAAGACUGCAUUACUUUAAAUAUACAUACAGCAUUUCACAGUGCAGAUAUAUCAUCUGAUCCAUCUAUUAUUGAGGAAUGUUCUCCUGGUAACUCACAUAUUGCUGUACCUAGUACAGUUUGUAGUGGUGACACAGUGAUUUCCUCUUCUAAAAGUGGGAAAUGGUUAACACAUAAACUAGCUCUUGUUGAACAUGAGAGAAGUCACACAGAUGAGAGGCCAUUUCCAUGUUCUGAGUGUGGAAAAUGUUUUAAACGGAAAUCAGAUCUUCGCAAACAUCAGAUGUGUCACACGGGUGAGAAACCAUUUCCAUGUUCUGAGUGUGGAAAAUGUUUUAAACAGAAAUCAGAUCUUCGCAAACAUCAGAAGCGUCACACAUUUGAGAAACCAUUUCCAUGUUCUGAGUGUGGGAAAUGUUUUCCAAACAAAUCAGAACUUAUUCGACAUAACUUCAGUCACACAGGUGAGAGGCCAUUUCCAUGUUCUGAGUGUGGAAAAUGUUUUAAACGGAAAUCAGAUCUUCGCAAACAUCAGAUGCGUCACACAGUUGUGAAACCAUUUCAAUGUUCUGAGUGUGGGAAGUGUUUUCCAAACAAUUCAGAACUUAUUCAACAUAACUUAAGACACACAGGUGAGAAUCUAUUUCCAUGUUCUGAGUGUGGAAAAUGUUUCAAACAGACAUCAGAUCUUCGCAAACAUCAGAUGCGUCACACAGUUGAGAAACCAUUUCCAUGUUCUCAGUGUGGGAAAUGUUUUUUAGCAAAAUCAGAUCUUCACAAACAUCAGAUGUGUCACACAUUUGAGAAACCAUUUCCAUGUUCUGAGUGUGGGAAAUGUUUUAAAUGGAAAUCAAAUCUCUACAGACAUCAGAAGUGUCACACAUUUGAGAAACCAUUUCCAUGUUCUGAGUGUGGGAAAUGUUUUGCAAACAAAUCAGAACUUAGUCAACAUAACUUAAGUCACACAGGUGAGAGGCCAUUUCCCUGUUCUGACUGUGGAAAAUGUUUUAAACGGAAAUCAGAUCUUCGCAAACAUCAGAUGCGCCACACAGUUGAGAAACCAUUUCCAUGUUCUGAGUGUGGGAAGUGUUUUCCAAACAAAUCAGAACUUAUUCAACAUAACUUAAGACACACAGGUGAGAGGCCAUUUCCAUGUUCUGAGUGUGGAAAAUGUUUUAAACAGAAAUCAGAUCUUCGCAAACAUCAGAUGCGCCACACAGUUGAGAAACCAUUUCCAUGUUCUGAGUGUGGGAAAUGUUUUGCAAACAAAUCAGAACUUAUUCAACAUAACUUAAGUCACACAGGUGAGAGACCAUUUCCCUGUUCUGAGUGUGGAAAAAGUUUUAUAAAGAAAUCAUUUCUUGUUGCACAUCAGAGAAGUCACACAGGUGAGAGGCCAUUUCCAUGUUCUGAGUGUGGGAAAUGUUUUGCAAACAAAUCAGAACUUAUUCAACAUAACUUAAGUCACAGAGUUGAGAAACCAUUUCCAUGUUCUGAGUGUAGAAAAAGUUUUAUAAAGAAAUCAUUUCUUGUUGAACAUCAGAGAAUUCACACAGGUGAGAGGCCAUUUCCUUGUUCUAAGUGUGGAAAGUGUUUUACACGUAAACCAGAACUGUUUAUACAUGAGAGAAGUCACACAGGUGAGAAACCAUUUCCAUGCUCUGAAUGUGGGAAAUCUUUUAUACAGAAAGCAGCUCUUGUUAUACAUCAGAUGCGUCACACAGGGGAGAAACCAUUUCCAUGCUCUGAGUGUGGGAAAUCUUUUAUACAGAAAGCAGCUCUUGUUACACAUCAGAUGCGACACACAGGUGAGAAGCCAUUUCCAUGUUCUGAGUGUGGGAAAUCUUUUAUACAGAAAUCAGGUCUUGUCAUACAUAAAAGAAGUCACACAGGUGAGAAACCAUUUCCAUGCUCUGAGUGUGGAAAAUGUUUUAAAGCUCAAUCUUCUCUUUUUACACACAUGAAAAUACACGCAGGUAAGAAGAAGCCAUUUCCAUGAUCUGAGUGUGGGAAAUGUUUUCCAUAUAAAUCAGAUCUUAUUAGACAUCAGAGGCAUCACAUAGGUGAGAAGUCAUUUCUAUUCUUUGAGUAUGUAUAGAAGUAUGUGGCAGGAUAUAAUGGUGUCUGAGAUCGCGAGACGCAUGGGACACCGGAUGAUCUCUGAUAUUUUCUCUGACGUCCUUGUGGAUGCUGGGACUCCGUCAGGACCAUGGGGAAUAGCGGCUCCGCAGGAGACU